CCCCGCACCUCGCUAGUGCCAGGAGCUCCUGCCACCUCUGACCCCCACUCAGCUGGACCAGGCUGAGAACAUGAGGCAGCCCCUACCCCCUGCACUGCUGCUGUUGCUGCUGUGGCUUGGAACUCAGGGGGCCAAGGCUCUAAGAGCCUGUGGGCGCCCCAGGAUGCUGAACCGGAUGGUGGGCGGGCAGGAUGCCAUGGAUGGCGAGUGGCCUUGGCAGGUCAGUAUCCAGCGCAAUGGGAGCCACUUCUGUGGAGGCAGCCUCAUCACAGAACGGUGGGUCCUCACCGCAGCACACUGCUUCUCCAACACCUCAGAAACAUCUCUGUACCGAGUCCUGCUGGGGGCACGGCAGCUGCUGCAGCCAGGGCCACGUGCCAUGUAUGCCCAUGUGAGGCGGGUGGAGAGCAACCCCCUGUAUCAGGGCAUGGCCUCCAGUGCUGAUGUGGCCCUGGUGGAGCUAGAGGCACCUGUGGCCUUCACCAACUACAUCCUCCCUGUGUGUGUGCCUGAUCCCUCAGUUGUCUUUGAGAAGGACAUGAACUGCUGGGUCACUGGCUGGGGCAGUCCCAGUGAGCAAGACCGCCUGCCCAAUCCGAGGAUCCUUCAGAAGCUUGCAGUGCCCAUUAUUGAUACGCCCAAGUGCAACCUGCUCUACAGCAAAGAUGCUGAGUCUGGCUUUCAGCCCAGAACCAUCCAGGAUGACAUGCUCUGUGCAGGCUUCGCAGAGGGCAAGAAGGAUGCCUGUAAGGGUGAUUCAGGGGGCCCCCUGGUGUGCCUUGUGGACCAGUCAUGGGUGCAGGCUGGGGUGAUCAGCUGGGGCGAGGGCUGUGCACGCCGGAACCGCCCAGGUGUCUACAUCCGGGUCACUUCCCACCACAACUGGAUCCAGGGGAUCAUCCCUGAGCUGCAGUUCCAGUCAGGGAGGGAGGGUGGCCAGCAUCGAGACCCCCAAGGCCAGCAGCGCCUUGGUCAGAACUCAGCACCCUGCCUGGCUGCCCACAUGGUGCUGCUGGCCUUCCUGGUGCUGCCUGCCUUCCUCUGAGCCCUCCCAGGCUGGGACCAAGUAAAGCCCCACCCAGGGUGUACAUUUGUAAAUAGCCUUCCAUCCUCCCCUCCCCCAAACACCUGUCACUUUUAUUUAUAUUCACUUCCAAUAAAAAUAGUGCCCCUCAGGUUGGGACCUUUGGAGGUCUGGGGCUGAGGAGCUGAGUUGGGGGGGGAAGAUUUGGAGGGUUUGGUCCCUGGCGGGUGGAACCAUGGGAGGCAUACCAGGCUAGGAUGCCACUGGGUCCCAGGACUGUUCUGUCCUGUGAUGCUGUCCCAGACCUCCUCACAGGAGGCUGCUUUGCUGUCACCACGUGCUUCAGUUUCCCCACCUGAGUAUCUGCCAAGAGCUGCCCCAUGCUGGGAACAUGGACAGCGACCAACACACGUAGAAAGUUGGGUUACAAGCCAGCCAGUGCCUCUGCAGGAACCCUGCCCAGGGUGGGGUGGGGAGCUGAGGAGGAGGCAGGACCACACUGGGGAACUACAGCCUCCUUCCCCAGGCACCUUCCCCGCUCCACUGGAGGCUUCUCUAAGCAGUGUUAGCUGUUGCCUUGGGGAGUGCCCAGGCCCUGCGCAGUCCAGCCCCACAGCUUCCUCCAGGGACAUUCACCCCA